AUGUUUAUUCGUUCAUUAAAUCAUCUUCUUAAAAAAUCUAGUAAUGCUUGUCUUUCAACAGAAAUUCGACGAGCAUUAUCGAACGGAUCAUUUGUUCGACAGUUAUUCGAACAAGAAACAUCAACUUAUACUUAUAUAGUAGCUGAUGGAAAAACUAAAGAUGCUUUGAUUAUUGAUCCAGUUAUAACAACAGUAGCACGCGAUAUGCAACUUAUUAAACAACUCGGUUUACGUUUACGAUAUGCAUUUAAUACACAUGUUCAUGCUGAUCACAUUACUGGAAGUGGUCGUCUUAAAACGUUAUUACCCGAAUGUCGAAGUGUAAUAAGCAAGGAUAGUGGUGGAAAAGCAGAUAUAUAUGUUGGAGAUGGUGAUGAAAUUGAAAUUGGUGAUAAAAAUGACAAAAAUCAACGUCUAAUAAUUGAAUGUCGAUCAACACCAGGACAUACAAAUGGUAGAUCAAAUUUAGAUUUUACUUAUAAAAAAUAA